CUUUUUUAUCCUUUGACCCUUCCUCAGCUUCUGUAUCACCUUUGGAAGCUACUAUCUAACAUAGCAUGUAAAGAUGCAGAGUGCAUUCUUGUAAUCCGUGCCUACCUAAAUCGUACUUUAGUCAGGUUAUCUAUCUGUUAACUUCACCUACGCCAAUUACUACACGUCCCAAACGAAGAGUAAAGAUCAAAAUUAUUUUGUCUCCCGCAAUGGCAGGAGGCGACAAUACUACCGAAGAGCUGCCUCAGCCCUUCGACGCAAAACAACUCGAUCCCGCCAAAAGGCACAAGCAUUCCAGAUCUCCAAGCAGGAGCAACAGCAAGCGACGCGAAAAUAAUACGGAUGAACCUUCCAUUGACGAACUACCUCAACCAUUUGAUGCUAAGAAGCUAGAACCGGCUAAAAAACGACAGCGCUCUAGAUCACCAUCCGAUGCCCCCCGAAAACUCAAGCGCCCAGGUCGCGGUGCGCGCUUCUCUCAAGCGGAAGCAUCAUCUAUCCGCCAGCGCCACGAGCAGCGCGAACGCGAGGCUGCCGAAGCCGCAGCUACGCAGGCCGUACUAGAGCAGAGAGGUAUCAAUGAUGUUGUUAGACAGCACUAUAACGCCGUUCCGGAAAGGGGUCGCGACUGGAGGAAGACGGACAGUAGGAUCAAGGGACUAAGAUCAUUCAACAACUGGGUCAAGAGUACGUUGAUACAAAAAUUCUCUCCCGACGAAGACCACACGCCUGGCGCUCACGAGCGAGGACGCGAUAUGACCGGUGCUAGAGACCACGAGCUACUCGUCCUCGAUAUCGGAUGUGGAAAAGGUGGUGACCUAGGCAAAUGGCAACAAGCGCCACAGAGAGUUCAGCUAUACGUGGGAUUGGAUCCCGCCGAUGUUUCCAUCGAACAGGCAAAGGAACGUUAUCGUAAUAUGACCAAUCGUGGCGGCGGACGAGGUGGUAGGGGCGGCCAUAGGGGUGGACGUCAUCAGGCUCCGCCAUUCGAAGCUCGCUUUUACGCCAAAGAUUGUUACGGCGAGUCUAUUGGUGACAUAGACAUCAUCCGCCAAGUCGGAUUUGAUCAUUCGCCCAUGGGGAAGAGUGGGUUCGACAUAGUGAGCAUGAUGUUUUGUAUGCAUUACGCAUUCGAGAGCGAAGAGAAGGCCCGCAUGAUGCUACAGAACGUAUCUGGGGCGCUGAAGAAAGGCGGGCGCUUCAUAGGCUGUAUACCUAACUCGGAUGUGAUCGGCGAUAGAGUCGUUAAGUUCAACGAGUGGUUCGCGAAAAAGAAAAAGGGCGAGGCGGUCGAAAAUAAGGAUGGUGACAGCAAGGAUGACAAAGAUAAGGAGGAAGAAGAAGAAGAAGGCGAGGUUGAGGAAACGGCAGAGUGGGGCAACGACUUGUAUCGGGUCAGAUUCCCCGGUAAAACCCCCGAGGACGGUAUCUUCCGACCUCCGUUCGGAUGGAAGUACAGUUUCUUCCUUGAUGAAGCGGUGGAGGAGGUUCCGGAAUAUGUCGUACCUUGGCCGGCGUUCCGUGCCCUAGCAGAAGACUAUAAUCUCGAGCUGCAAUACCAUCAGAAAUUUGAUGAGAUCUGGGAGGCUGAAAAAGACGACCCCAUCCUAGGGCCCCUGAGCGAACGUAUGGGAGUUCGUGAGAGAGGUAGGGGCCCACUUCUAGUUACUCCCGAGGAGAUGGAGGUUGCGAGCUUCUAUCUAGCCUUCUGUUUCUAUAAAGUGUAGAUAUAUUUCAUUGGGCGGUUAGUGAAUAACAGGCAUAUGGAAACGAAACGAGCGGAUAAUUUAGUAUAGGGCACAGGAUGUGUUACUUGUGGGGUCUCGAGCGAGAAUCUUAAAGCUACGAUAAGGCCUGCUAUAGCAAUGCAAUAAAUGCUUUAAUGUCUACCUCUAA